UUCAAGUGCCAACAGGUGGUACAGUCACGGUAUUUGGAGAUCAGGAGUUUCUCGCUUUCCUCCCGCAGAUCAGGGAGUUCUAUAUUGAUGCAACUUUCAAAAUAUGCCCUAGGAGCCCUAAUGUGCAACAAUUCCUCACGAUAAUGGGUGAAGUCGAUGAUAGUGUACGUCACAGUAAUUUCCCAGAUAAAACUGAUUACAUCACCCGAUGUAUUUCAUGUUUUCCCACUGUUUUUUUACGCCAUACCUAUUUCAUGGGCAUGCAUGACUGAAAAAAGUGAAGAAGCCUAUGUACAAGUGUUCAGGUAUUUUAAGACGCAAUUAGCACCACAAAUACAACCUACUACAAUACACAUGGACUUCGAAAUCGGAGAGGAGAAUGCCAUUAGGAGAAUCUACCCAGGUGUGACAGUGGUUCAUUGUUUCUUCCACUAUAUCCAGGCGCUGUUCAGAAACCUAAAAUCUAAGUUGGGCCAAGCCCGAAGGAAUUCAAUUUACCAUUGGGGACUAGCCCAAACAUUUGUCCGAAAGCUGAUGGCACUUGCCCUGCUGAGGGCAGAAGAUAUAAGGGCGAGUUAUGCAUGGCUAAAGCACAACACAGCACGAGAUAUCCUCCAUUUUUUUGCUCCUUUCCUUGAAUACUAUGAAAAUUGGUGGUUGGAUAGGGUGAGAUCUGAACGAUUUUCUGUGUAUGGCAAAAGGCAUCGCACAAACAAUUCGAUCGAGGCUUAUCACCGUGUUUUGCAUAAUCAUUUGGGUGAUCAUGCUGGAAUAUGGAAAUUAACAGCGAACAUUCGCAAUUUACAAGCCAAAGCACACGUUGAAGUGACUUCCCUGAAUCACGGGCUUCCUAUCAGGCGACAACCUUCACGCGCUAAUGUAAUAUAUAAUACUGUGUUGAGGCAUGCAACUCGUCUCUACAGUGAGGGCUCACUAUCUAUCGCACGGUUCUUAUCCUGUGCAAACCAUUAUUUAUUGGCUUUCAAUAAUGAGCUGACGAUCGGAACCACCGAGCAAGUCGAGCAAUUCAUCACCAAUCCAGCUCAUAACAUUGCUAUACAUCCAGAACCAAGAGGAAUUGAGCAAAUAAUUUUGGAAAACAAUGAACAGAAUGAUCCAGAUGCUGUAUGGAUUCCAAUAAUAAGAACUCAUGCACGUGAAGAAGAAAUCUCCAUCUUCAUUUUAGAGGAUCUAGAACAGUCUAGAUGUGGUCGAUGUGGCAAUUCAAUCUUGAAUUAUAUUUCCUUACCCUGCGAAUAUUGGUUCGCAUGCCAAAAUUGCACUCAAUACGCUGUUAACCAGACUGACCGAGCUGGAUUAUUUUGUCCUGUUUGCGGAACGCAAUGCGUCACAUUCCAAAUAAUGUAUAUUUCAUAACAGGAUUGCUGAAUAACUCCUAAAUCAUCAAAUCCAUUCUUUUAACCACGGAGAUUCUGCGGGAUGAGGUCUACAGACUAAAAAUACAUUAGAUUCAUCUCGGACUUUCUCUUGGAAAAACUGAAAAUUGAAUGACACGAUCUUCUCGAUGGGUAGACGUAAGGGGGUCACCGGCAAACCGUCUACUAUUGCAGUAUUCCAUUGCUAUGGAAAUCGUUUUAUCUCUAAUGGGACCCACUGACCACCGAGUUUCAGGAUGAUAAACUCUGUGUCAUCAGUUUCCUAUGCCCAAAAAUUAGAUUGGGUGCAUAUAGACACCUUAUCUCAUUGUUGGGAACUAGUUUCACAUAAAUUCACGGGUUUUAUUUCAUUCCUUUAUUUUUGUUUAAAAAUUGUUCAAUAAGAGAAGAAAGAAAGACCUUAAAAACUGGACAAAAUUAAUACAGAGGCAUUCCUUCUGAAAAUAUAAAACUAAAAAUCUGUUAAUGUUUUUCAUUCAAUAUUUUUUAAUGUUUUCUCAUUCAAUUAAAUGGGCCAAGCUACCAUAUUCAAGAUUAUUUACGAACUACAGUGCUAUCGUUUUUUGUUAGUAAAUAUUGGGACUCCUAUGAGUCAUGUGUUAUUUAGUUUUGUUUCCCUAGUGAUCAUAUGAGAAAGAAAAGAAAAUGUGUGAAAUGGCGCUCCUUUGAUUUGCGUAAAGAUUAAAAUUUAAUUUAUUG